AUGGGCGUUUAUGGUACUCUGGCCUUUCGUAACAUGAGACGUCUUCAUACACGCGUUCGACCGAUGGGUAACUCGAAUAACGAAUAUCCCGCCGUCGGAAGAAUUCAUCGUGCAGAUCGACACUUGCUUGUUAUGACAGUUAGUGAAGCCGUUGUCUGUGUAGUAUCAACAUCUAUUUAUCCAAUCGUCUAUAUGGAGACUGCAGUGACCGGAUUUAUUGGUAUUAACAAGAGUCUCGAACGAAUUCAAAUUGAAAACUUUAUGAUAAAUGUCGGAUCAUUUCUCCUUUACUUCAAUAAUGCCGCUCCUUUUUACACAUAUUUGAUAGUGUCAAGUGCUUUUCGACAACAUAUCAAGCAAUAUAUGAUGAAACUGGCAUCUCCAUUCACUGGGCGACCUGUUGCAACUAUGCAAAUUACAGCACCACAAGUGCAAUCAUAG